GUGAAAUCCCCGUCAACGUCCGGUGAGGGGGCAGGACUUCCUUGUUGUUGCUAAGACACUCUUGUUUCGCUCCUUGACAACCCUGGCGGGGGUGCGCUAGCUGCGGCCCCGGCUCCGGCCCCCGCGGGAGCAGCACCCCUUGAGGAAAGACAUUUUCUGCUCCCACCCAGUUGGCAGGGCCUGCUUCCCGAAUCUCCCAGCCGUGUCGUAACUGCCAGUGCCAGCACCUCCUGAGAGCCCCACUCCCUCCUUCCAGGGGUCACAGUGGAAGGAUCAUGGGAGAGACAGAAGGGAAGAAAGAGGAGGCUGAUUAUAAGCGACUGCAGACCUUCCCUUUGGUCAGGCAUUCGGACAUGCCAGAGGAGAUGCGAGUGGAGACCAUGGAGCUAUGUGUCACGGCCUGUGAGAAAUUCUCCAACAACAACGAGAGCGCUGCCAAGAUGAUCAAGGAGACCAUGGACAAGAAGUUCGGCUCCUCCUGGCACGUGGUCAUCGGCGAGGGCUUUGGGUUUGAGAUCACACAUGAGGGUACUGUCCCUGUUGGGCGGGGUCAGGUGACCGAGCACCGUGGCAGCAGUGUUGCCCAGGGAUUUCGUCCUUCUGCUCCCUGAGACCGGGGCUGGCCACGCUCACCCGGACCUUCCUCCCACGGCCGUCCCCGCUCCUGGCCGGUGGUUCAACAAGCAUUCACUGACAAGAGCGGAAGAGGAGGGGCGUGAUGAAGAACACCUGCCCUCGGCAGCGAGCGGCUCGAGGUCUGUCGAGGGCAGACCCAGGAACAGAAAAGCAAGAGGCAUUUAAACCAUCCGAGAGGAGGAGAGAGGACAAGGGUCAAGGAAGUACAGGGUUCAGAAGAGGGAGCGGCUCACUGCCCAGGGCACGGCGGGUGGGGGGGAAGCCUCACAGAGGAAGGCCAGGGUGUCCUCGGGGCCCGGGGACACCGCCGAGGUUCCAGGACGGGGAGCAGUUGGGCCGGAGUUGACCAAAGGGCAAGGUCAGGGCUUCGCUGGGCAGGAGGAGGAAGACCCUGCCGUCCGCUGAGUGCAUCCCACCUGGCGGGCACUGGUUCCGUCCCUCAUCCCUCGAGACCACGACGUCCUGCGUCCUCAGCAGCCCCCCCAGGCGGUAGACACUGUCCCCGGUUAUGAGUGAGGGCUGGGAAGUGGCGAGCCAGGACCUGCAGCUGGGCGCGUGGGCCCGGGCCUCCUCACUGCCUCUGCUCGGACCAGGCAGCCGGGCACCAACCUGGUGGAAGGGGGGCCACAGCCACGGCUCGCCCGCCCGCACCUGGUCCCCCUGCCAGGCCCAGCCAGGCGCAGCCUUGUUCACAGGCCGGGUCACCCGCCCCACGCCACGGGGCUCCGUAGCUCGGCCUGGGAGAGCGGGAGGUCAGACUGAGCAAUCCGGAGUGGGGGGCCGGGGGAGCCAGCAGGCACUGGGCAGUCACUGUGAGGAGGCGAGGGGGAGGCCCCCAGCUGCAGCGGGCAUGCCACGCUGGGCACGCCGCCUUUGAAGCGCUCGGGGUGGCCUGUGGAGAAAUCCACUGAAUGUUUAAUGCCAUCUUAGAAGGGAGGCCGAGAAGCUCCAGGAUCCCACUUAACCUACUUCCUGCCUCUCUGGAGAACAGGCAGGCAGGAGGGUGGCCCCUUAGGUUGUGGGGUCCCAGCGUAAACCAGUGCCCCCCCCCCCCCAGCAGGAGGGACUGAGCUGUGAAGCUCCCAGCUCCUAGACGGUAGGACAAGGACAAGGACUCUACAACAAUUCCGCCCUGCAGACCCUCCCCGGUUUGGGAGGGGGAUUGUGAAAGUUUAGCCACAACUCCCCACCCUGUUCUAUUUUCCUUUUGUUCUCUCAUCUCAUAUUUAAAGCAACCACCUCCCACUGCCAGCUGCUAUCUUCAAUCCUUAGAAAGGCCCAGUGGGGGGGUGGCGGGGGGGUAAAGAGAGCACUGGAGGCAGAAGAGCUGAAUUAGUGUUAAUAAUGUUCCCAAACUACCAAGCGUGCCAGGCACUUGGCUGAGCAUUUUCUGGACUCUGGCUCACUCUGAGGAGGUACCAUCCGCGUCCCCCCCCCCCCCUUUUCACACGGGGCAUCAAGACACAGGGAGGUAAAGCUCCGGGUCACACAGGGCUGGGGAGGCAGAGCUGGGGUUUCCAUAGGCCUGGGACAUCAGAGCCCUGGCACCUAAACCUCUCCAGCCCCCCUGCCCUGCUUCCUUUCCAGGAGACUGUGGGGCACUAGAGAGAUGCUGGCCAUGGACAUGGGAGUGCUUUCAAGUGAGAGGGGCCAAUCCAGGAUUUGGGCCAGGGCCAGCGUGGGGUGCCAUCCUGCACCCUUGGGCCUCCUAGCCCCGGUACUCUUCAGCCCACAGUGCUAGAGCGUGAACAGCAGGGUGACCACGCAAGCUCGUGCAUACACUUCCAGUGACCAGGACCUCAAAAAGCUGGACUAGACCACCCCCCCACUUCCACCAAGCCAGGGAAAACAGUCUCAGUGAGGCCUUCACAGUCACCUAAGCCCUCCUUAAGCCCAGUCCGUACUCCAGCCUUAAAAUGGCCUAGUGAAGUGGGGGGUGCCCACCACCACCAGCGGUGGGGAGAUGGCUUCACAGAGAACUGGUGACAUGCCAGCGGUGGGGUCUGGUCUUGGGCUCAGGUUUCUCUACUGCUCACCAACAGCCUCGAGACAUGGUGAAAGUGACAGCUCUGGGCAGCCCGGGUGGCUCAGCGGUUUAGCGCUGCCUUCGGCCCAGGGCAUGAUCCUGGAGACCCGGGACCGAAUCCCACGUCGGGCUCCCUGCAUGGAGCCUACUUGUUCCUCUGCCUGUCUCUGCCUCCCUCU